AUGAGUCAAUGCAAGUCCCUCUCCACUCCUAUGGCGUUGAAUGAAAAAUUUCAAGUUAACGACGAUGGUGAGAAAGCUGACUCAACUACAUAUAGAAAGUUGAUUGGUUCCUUAAUCUAUCUCAACACAAGACCGGAUAUCACACAUUCGGUAAGCUUGCUUUCUAGAUUUUUGAAUGAGCCAAGUCAAAUUCAUUUUGCAUCCGCAAAAAGAAUCCUUAGAUAUCUUAAAGGCACAAAAACUCAAGGCAUUGAAUUAAAAAAGGAAAGUGAAUGUAAGCUGGUUGGUUAUACAGAUAGUGAUUGGGCAGGCUCGAUUGAUGAUCGAAAAAGUACCUCCAGUUAUAUCUUUUGUCUUGGAUCAAAUGUAAUAUCAUGGAGCUCAAGAAAGCAGAAAUCUGUGGCAUUGUCAUCAGCCGAAGCAGAGUAUAUAGCAUGUACUGAUGCAGCUUGUGAAGCUGUUUGGCUUCAAAGAAUUUUAAAGGACAUGAAGUUUUAG